UGCGCCCGUCUAGACGAGACGUGAUUCGUGAGCUCGGAUCUAAGAAUAGCUCGAAUCACACUCGCACAGCCAUCCCUUUCGACGGAUUUCAGUACGACCUGUACCGCGAACGAUUCGUGUCACGAAAAUCACCCAUCGGGAACGUCACCACCAGUCCGACCAAGGGAAGAAGAGCAUCGCUGAAAAUUUGAUCGUGAAAAUACUCGAGAAAAGCGUUCGUUGGUGAACCAUUCACAGCCGGUGUGUGAACAGACAAGACAAGUGGGACUCUACAGGUGUUGAAACAACAUGUGAAAAUUAUUUGUUCAUAUAUGAGCAUCCAAUCAGAUACUAUUCAUAAUUUCUUACCUCAAUUUGAUGGUAGAAAAUGUAUCCCCAGCCAAGCUAAUCGAUAUCAUCGCCUGAAAAAGAAAAAAAGAAGAUAUAUUUGGAUGUGAUUUAUUGAGUGCAUAACGGAAGAAGUGUCGAGUGUUUGUGUGAUUGGUCACGAAAAAGGCAAGGUUAAAGCAAAGGGUGACGAAGAUAUAGUAGAAAAGCAUUUUUCUUUUCUUUUCGGGUGGAAACGAAGGAAAGCCCCUUACCGAAGACCACCAUCUGACCGUAAGUGGGGCGGGAAGAAAGCAGCGACAGUGCAGUGGAAGAGUAUUUGUGAAAGAGGUGACACCGAAGAAGGGAAAGCUGAACGACAACGGAAACGAGUAGCGUCUGAAAAUGCUAACCUUGAAAAAGAGAUUUCCAUCACUGCAGAGUCUUGGCUCGGAUGGAAACACGUCGUUUCUGCGCGCAGCUAGAGCAGGCAAUCUAGAAAAAGUUUUAGAACAUCUUAAAAAUAACAUCGACAUCAAUACUAGCAAUGCGAAUGGCUUGAACGCAUUACAUCUUGCAUCGAAGGAUGGUCACGUGGCCGUGGUGUCGGAGCUGUUGGCUCGCGGUGCCACCGUUGAUGCGGCCACUAAGAAGGGCAAUACCGCACUGCACAUCGCUUCGCUGGCCGGUCAAGAAGAAGUAGUUAAGUUGUUGAUCCAGAACAAUGCUUCCGUUAAUGUGCAAUCGCAGAAUGGCUUCACGCCGCUGUACAUGGCCGCGCAAGAGAACCAUGAUUCGGUAGUGCGCCUGCUGCUGUCGAAUGGAGCAAACCAGAGUUUGGCCACUGAAGAUGGGUUCACACCGUUGGCUGUCGCUAUGCAGCAGGGCCACGACAAGGUGGUGGCUGUAUUGCUCGAGAGUGAUACCCGUGGUAAAGUUCGCUUGCCGGCUUUGCAUAUUGCAGCAAAGAAAGACGAUGUCAAGGCAGCUACGCUACUGCUGGAGAAUGAUCAUAAUCCGGACGUUACAUCCAAGUCGGGAUUUACGCCACUGCACAUCGCGUCGCACUACGGCAAUGAAGCCAUGGCCAAUCUUUUGAUACAAAAGGGUGCGGAUGUGAACUACGCUGCCAAGCAUAACAUCAGCCCGCUGCACGUGGCCGCCAAAUGGGGAAAAACCAACAUGGUAGCAUUGCUGCUGGAGAAAGGCGCCAAUAUUGAGAGCAAGACUCGCGAUGGCCUAACGCCGUUACACUGCGCUGCGCGCUCCGGUCACGAGCAGGUCGUCGAUAUGCUGCUGGAGCGAGGAGCCCCCAUCAGCGCCAAGACGAAGAACGGCCUAGCGCCACUGCAUAUGGCAGCCCAGGGGGAGCACGUAGAUGCAGCCCGCAUACUGCUGUACCAUCGAGCGCCGGUUGACGAAGUGACCGUUGACUAUUUGACGGCACUGCACGUUGCUGCCCACUGCGGACAUGUCCGUGUCGCAAAACUUCUGUUAGAUCGCAAUGCUGACGCCAAUGCACGUGCGUUGAAUGGGUUCACACCGUUGCACAUCGCGUGUAAAAAGAACCGCAUCAAGGUCGUCGAGCUGUUGCUGAAGCAUGGCGCCAGUAUUAGCGCGACUACGGAGAGUGGCUUAACACCACUGCAUGUAGCUUCGUUUAUGGGAUGCAUGAACAUCGUCAUCUACUUGCUGCAGCAUGAUGCCAGUCCGGAUGUACCGACAGUUCGAGGAGAAACACCGCUUCAUCUGGCAGCUAGAGCUAACCAGACCGAUAUAAUCCGCAUUCUGCUACGCAAUGGCGCCCAGGUCGAUGCUCGCGCUCGCGAACAGCAAACCCCACUGCACAUCGCGUCCCGGCUUGGCAACGUGGAUAUCGUGAUGUUGCUACUGCAGCACGGUGCCCAGGUCGAUGCCGUCACCAAGGACAUGUACACGGCGCUGCACAUCGCCGCCAAGGAGGGCCAGGACGAGGUUGCCGGAACACUGCUAGAGAAUGGUGCCCAAAUUGAUGCUGCAACAAAGAAGGGAUUCACGCCUCUACAUUUGACUGCCAAAUACGGCCACAUCAAAGUUGCUGAACUGCUUCUCACGAAGAACGCUCCAGUCGAUGCUCAAGGCAAGAACGGUGUCACUCCAUUGCACGUAGCGAGUCAUUACGAUCAUCAAAAUGUAGCGCUUCUGCUGUUAGAAAAGGGAGCAAGCCCACAUGCAACGGCUAAGAAUGGCCAUACACCGUUGCAUAUUGCCGCGCGCAAGAACCAGAUGAGCAUUGCCACAACUCUGCUACAAUACGGAGCUAAUGCCAACGCCGAAAGCAAGGCCGGAUUCACUCCAUUACAUUUGAGUGCACAGGAAGGUCAUCAUGAAAUGUCGGCACUCCUGUUGGAACAGAAAGCCAACCCAGAUCAUCAGGCCCGCAAUGGUCUAACGCCUCUACAUCUUUGCGCACAGGAAGACCGCGUCAAUGUUGCACAAGUUCUGGUCAAACAUGGUGCCGACACGCAAGCUCAUACCAAGGCCGGUUAUACACCGCUGCAUGUCGCAUCACACUUUGGCCAGGCCAAUAUGGUACGCUAUCUUAUCCAACAAGGCGUAGACAUCAACGCUUCAACCGGCAUCGGUUACACGCCGCUACAUCAAGCUGCCCAGCAAGGUCAUUGCCAUAUUGUUAACAUAUUGAUCGAAAACAAAGCCGAUCCAAAUGCCAUCACCAACAGCGGUCAAACAUCUCUUAAGAUCGCCCAAAAGCUGGGCUACAUCAGUGUACUGGAUUCGCUGAAGUCGGUAACCGAUACGGAGACCGCUCCAGAUCAACCGCCAUCCGAAGAGAAGUAUCGCGUCGUCGCUCCGGAAGCCAUGCACGAAACGUUCAUGUCCGAUUCCGAGGAGGAAGGAGGCGAAGAUACUGUCCUCUCGGAUCAACCAUACCGCUACUUGACCGUCGAUGAGAUGAAAUCUCUCGGCGACGAUUCGCUUCCAAUAGACGUUACUCGCGAUGAGCGACACGAUUCAAACAAGAUGACACAGAGUACGGAUUCGCACCAGUUUCCGCCGACGGCAAUGGAGGACUCCAUCAGCCCACAGCACAUGUCAAUGGUGCAGUCCGGCAUUUCCGUUACCGACUUUGCUGAUAACAUUAACAUCGAACGGCAGUCCCAUAUCGGAAAGCUACACUGGAAGAAUUUCCUGGUAUCGUUCCUGGUGGACGCCCGCGGAGGCGCGAUGCGUGGCUGCCGCCACAGUGGAGUGCGCAUUAUUGUUCCCCCGCGAUCGGCAGCGCAGCCCACGAGGAUUACGUGCCGCUACGUCAAGCCGCAGCGCACAUUGCAUCCACCGCCGCUAAUGGAAGGAGAAGCGUUGGCCAGCCGGGUACUAGAGCUGGGUCCAGUUGGGGCUAAGUUUCUAGGUCCGGUCAUCAUGGAGGUACCACAUUUUGCCUCCCUCCGCGGAAAGGAACGCGAGAUUGUGAUUCUUCGCUCGGACAAUGGUGAAACAUGGCGGGAGCAUAACAUCGACAUGUCUGACGAGAUCAUUCACGACGUGCUGAACGAUUGUUUCGAGGCCGAAGACCUCGCUCAACUGGACGAACUGGGCGGUGGGCGGAUCUGCCGCUUCGUCACCUACGACUUCCCGCAGUACUUUGCGGUCAUCUCGCGCAUCCGCCAGGAGGUGCACGCCAUCGGACCGGAGGGUGGCAUGGUGUCCAGCACCGUGGUGCCCCAGGUGCAGGCUGUCUUCCCGCAGGGUGCCCUCACCAAGAAGAUCAAAGUCGGGCUGCAGGUAAAUUUGUUCAAGCCACGCAAGGGGGUUGCGCCGGAAAAGCUGCGCAAGAUCAGCGUCAACCAUGUACCGAAGAAGAAGCGCUUCUCGCUGAUCUGGUAGAAAGGGCAGCAGGAAACAGCUCGCGUGAAUAUGAGUGGAAUUCGGUAGUCGGUAGGCAGAAGGGUAGGAAACAAGGCGUUUGCUAGUGAAGAGUGAAAUUUUCGAAAAUAUGGUUCAGGAAUGCUUCCAGGGAUUUUGAAGGUGUUCAUUUUAUGUCAAUAAUUAAGUUAUAGUUGCGAACGCGUCCAUAUUGCAUGCUCUCGCCAUCGUUGUGUCGUUAUUGUAGGAAAACAGUUCAUCGAAUCAAAAUUUGCUUUUUAUGGAAUAUUUUCGUAAAAUUAUUUGCUCAUAAUAAGAAGCGCUAAACGUUUGGCAACUUUAAAGUAUUCGCGUAUUUAAUCCAAUAAAGAACGACGCUAAUCAAAACACUAAGCAUGAGGUGCAAUGACAUUUUAGUUCGUGUGGUUCUGAAUGUUGCAUUUAUACUCAAAUUACUCAUCAUACCCAUCAAUUACAAAAAUCAAUCCAUUGAAUUUAUGGCAAAAACAUAUUUAAUAUACUAUUAAACACUCAAUAACAAAACCCGGUACACAUUAGACAUACUCUUACAACCACAGCGAUAAGUUCUAUCAUCUAUUGCAAAAGUAGAGUAGAACGUAAACAAAAUGAACAGAGCUGUUCAAUGUUUUGUUAGAUUUGAUUGAACAAAUCUUAAUGCAAACGUUUGACUUAGUCUCGUGAGUUCAUUACUUACCACAUGUGCAAUCGAGUAGACAUAAUACUCAUGGGCUAUAGAGUCUCAACGCCCAUGUCGUAUUCGUCAGAAACACAUUUAUGAUACAAUAAAAUAGGGUACUGCCCUUCGAAACACAUAAUCAAACAUACACACAUGAAAACUCUCAUUACUGCAUCUCUAAAUUCUAUAUUAAUCUCUAUAUAAUACGAUUACUUCAUUGAAUGUUUUUGAAAUACACAUAUCAAGACUUUAUUGUCGGAGUGAGGUUUACGGAAUCUGUGAUCAUUGCGUUUCAGAAUUUACCAAACUAGGGUAACUGUUCUGGUUCUUCACCUCAGAGCAAAAACAAAGGAUUUUGUUUUAUUUUUUUCAUUUGACAUGUUUAUUAUUUCUGUUAUUUUUUUAACAGUGCGCAUACGUGAUAGUUGAUGAAAUUGGUGCUUUGUUUCAUUAUUUUGAGAUAAAACCUAUUUAUUACAAUGAGAUGGAAAUGGGAACAUGAAACAGUAUUUGGAACUGCAUAGUUUCGGAUAAGGAUAGCCUUACACUUUGUGAAAAUUUUGCACAUACGUACCCCUGUACCCCCCUCAAACGGAAUUUUCAAUUUACCUCAACGAAAUUUUUUGAAUUUCGCUUCUUAAAAAAUAUAUUGCCACAAAAUACAAAUACAAGACCCCCCAUGUGUAAGAUAACUCAACCACAAAUUCAUAAUAUCUCGAAAGUUAAGAAUAAAACACAAAUUCCUUCGUUUUUUCUGGUUAUAUGCGUUAAAUGAAAAAUAUUUACAGGAGUUGGAUGAAAAUCAAUCGGAAUAGUAAUUCUCCUAUUUAUUUUAUUUCUAAUAAUAUUGUUUAGUACUAGCAGAUCGGACCCUGCCUUACUCGGACUAAGAACAGUUGUCUAUUAUAUGUAAAAUUCUUACAGCAUCGCAUUCUAAAUUGUUUUAUGAUACGAUUUCUUUACAGCCUAUUUUUUUUAAAUUCUUGAGAUUUUUCAACAAGCCCUUUCUUUAUCUAUACCAUAAACAGUGUUCUUACACUAUGGAGCUCAAGAAAAAUUGAGUGUCUAUAAAAAUCUUAAAAUCUAUGAAAUCUUGCAGAUCGAUUAAUACGUUCGUGAGUUCAUGGUGUUUCUAUGGGGAAAUAUUAUUUUUCAAAAAUCAGUAUCUCUGAAACACCCUCCACGUGAAAGUAAAUGCUAAAUAGGUAAACUAAAAAAAUUUAUCGGGGGAUCUAGAACAAUUUUUAUUUUUUUUCACUAUUUUGGUGCAAACUCCAUAGAAAUCUUAAAUGAUAGCUGAUUAAACCCCCCCAAAAAUGUAUGGAAAAAUGACCCCCGAUAGAACAUUUUAAAAGUGCACCUACGUGAAAGAGGAAAACCUAUACUUUCGUGUAGUCAGUGUUUUAGAGAUACUGAUUUUUUGAAAAUAAGCCUCUUCGGACAAACACACCGUGGAGUUGAAUUGUGUCAAAGGAAACGUUAAAUCACUUUCAUGAUAAAUUAUAGAUAAAUAUCCAUUUAAAUAUUCUUGUUUAUAAAUAGUCACAAAUAUGAAGCUAUAUAUAGCAUUGAAAAGUAUUAUUCGUAGACUUCAUGCUUGAUAAUAAUAUUUCAAAAACAAUCAAUGAAAACUCGCACCCAACAUCUCAUACAAUUUAAAUUCCAAUGAAAUAAGUAUUACAAAACUAUGCCAAAGAUAAUUCCAUGGAAGUAAUCAUUUGAUCUCGAAGUAUCACGUUAAAAUGUCAUUGAUCUCACAUAUAUUCAACAUUACAUAGUAUUAGUUAUUUUCUCACUUAAACAAGACUACUUUUUUCGAUUUCUAACCAAAUGUUUAGGCUAUAAUCAUUUUCAUUGCAUUUAACAAACAAAAAACGAACACGCUGCAGUGUGGAAAACAUUAGCAUUCUUUAUUCUGUCAGUCAGUAAACAUUGAUAUGUAUUAACAUAAUAGCAUAUAAAUCAAAGAACAACGCGCGAAGAGAUUGUUUGAAUAUUGAAUAAAUAAAUCCCAAUGCAAUUAAUACAAGUCGACUUGUACUACUACUAUUACAACUAAACUAAACUCAAAAGAGUGCCCAAUAAAUUUAGUUCUUUUGAUGAAAACUACCCGAA